GCACCAACCACAGCAGCUUCAACCACAACAACAGAAGCUCCAACCACAACAACAAUAGCUCCGACGACAACAAUUCCUUCAACCACAACAGCUGCAACAACCACAAACACAGCAACUCCAACCACGACCACAGCUGCUCCAACCACAACAACAAUUCCUUCAACCACAACAGCUGCACCAACCACAACCACAGAAGCUCCAACCACAACCACAGCUGCUCCAACCACAACAACAAUUCCUUCAACCACAACAGCUACACCAAGCACAACCACAGCAGCUCCAAGCACAACAACAGAAGCUCUAACCACAACUACAGUUGCUCCAACCACAAGAACAGAGACACCAACCACAACAACAGCAGCUCCAACCACAACCACAGCGGCUGCUACCACAACAGCUUCUCCAACCACAACCACAGCAGCUCCAACCACAACCACUGACGCUCCUACCACAACAACAAUUCCUUCAACCACAACAGCUGCACCAACCACAACCACAGCAGCUCCAACCACAACCACAGCUGCUCCAACCACAACAACAGCUGCUCCAACCACAACAACAAUUCCUUCAACCACAACAGCUGCACCAACCACAACCACAGCAGCUCCAACCACAACCACAGUGGCUGCUACCACAACAGUUUCUCCAACCACA